GGUGGGGACGGUGAUGGGACGAGCGGUGGGGGUAGUGCAAGUGGUGGGGACGGUGAUGGAGCAACUGGCGUUGGUGCGAGUCCGCAGAGUCCCGACAAAAGUUCAGUGGAACAUACCGCUGAAAACGAUGGCAAUGUUGUUGCACAACCAGAAGUCGCUACUAAUGCAAACGAUAGUCGAAAGCAACGUAACCCGAUCGCGAAUGUCGUCCGAAUCACAGACACCAAACCACUCACUGUACACUUUGUGUUGGAAAUCUAUGAAACUGUUGACACCCACUACUUAUCUAAAACCUAUAUAAUCCAAUGGCGUUCUGUAGGGAAACAUGCGAUGCCAACGAAUAUGUUGGGCCAGCGGUUGGCAGUUGUUGCACUAUUGUGCACAUCCAUUGCUCUAUCCGCCGAUCCCGAUGCAACCACCGGUUGCACCUAUACGUUGACUGCAACUGAAAAAGAUGCAACAUUCGUUGUCAAUAGCACCGAUCCCAAGUGUCAAUGGAACAUCACUGCAGAUGCGGGAAAGAAUAUCAAAGUCUAUUUGGACGAAGAUCAGGGGAAUGAUGGAAGUAAAUGUGUCAAAGUGUCUGGUCAAAACCCGGAUGCAGAAACAAACUACGACGAGAUCUGCAACAAGCCUACUCAACGAAUCUUCAAAGCGCAAGCUCCCAUAAUUGUGAGUCCACCCGAAACGACAACCACUACCUCAAGUAGUACACAAUCGACUACUACAACUCCCACCGGUGAAGGCGGUGAUGAUGAAGGUAGUGGUGGUGGCAGCGGUAGUGGUGGGAGCGGUAGUGGUGGGAGCGGUAGUGGUGGCAGCGGUAGUGGUGGCAGCGGUAGUGGUGGCAGCGGUAGUGGUGGUAAUGAUAAGGACGAGGGAGCUGGUGGUGAAAGUUCCGACGAAAAUUCUGGAGGCGGCACCUCUGGUGAAAACGGAGAUUCUUCAGGUGCUGGAGAGGUUGAAGGACCAGUAGACCACAACCCUGGCAGCAGUAACGGUGAAAAUAGCGUUCCAGUGCAAUCGGGGAGCGAUAAAAUGGAAGAGAAUCCUGAGACCCAAUCUGGUGUGAUCUCAAGGCUCGUGAAGACUAGGGGCGCUGCAUCAGAACAGCUGACUGUACACUUCUUGUUGGCCAUCGCCUCGCGUUCUUUGAGUGCCCAAGAGACUCCGGCUGUAUGA